AUGGAGACAGUGUCGUCUAAAGAGCUGCUGAAGCGGUUUUUAUUUGAAUCAAAGGAUUUCAGACAGCUAAUGACGCGCGACAGGUUCCAUUCGAUCGUCCAUUUGUGCUGCCGAAACCGAUUGUCUACGGAAAAGGAGAAUCAACUAUACAACAUGCUGUUGCGUCAGAAGGAACAGACCAUGGACAGCGUGGAAGGCCACAUUGACCGUCUUGAGCUGGAUUCCACAGGCGAGCUGAACGAAGAUACAGUAGUGGAACUGGGCGAUUCCAGUCUCGAACAACUGAUCUAUUCCCUGGAUGCGCUCAACACGUCGUUGGAAGCACAGAUCCAGUCCGUUGAGGAACAGUCAAAGCAAGAACUGGAAGAGAUUAACGAACAGAUAGACACUCUCAACGAUCUCCGGUACGGUAAAAUCAACUUUUCGUCUUCAAUAGACUCGCUGUAUUCAGAAUUACACCAACUAGAAACACAACUACUGGAAAUGGGAAGAUAA